AACUAUUUUUAUAUGUUAGAACCCAGACAGUCGGACGAAUGGCUUUGGCUUCAAGAGCAAGUGUAUGACGACAGACAACCGCCAACAAGUUUUCACUUUUCAUUGCAAAACAAUCGCGCGAAUUUGUGUAGUUUGCCAAUGCUUAGAGUUUUAAACACCAGCGGAGGAUUUUCCUCGCCGUAAGCCACAAUCCGGUAUCGAAAAAAAUUCGUGUUUCGGAAGACCACAAACGGAAAAAAGUUAAUAGUAAAACAAAAAUAGUGGCAAAUCAGGAUGUAAAAUUUGGUGUCCGGCAACAAAAAAAGAGGAAAUAAAAAAAUACAAAAAAAGAAAAUUAAAAAUAUUCAUAUAUCAUUAUAAAAUCGUGCUUAGAUAUUUAUUAAAGCAAAAAAAAAAAAAAACGAAAAAAAUUAUAACAAGCAUGAAAGUUUUUCAUAUGAAUUUAAUUGCCUUCAUUUAUUCCUUGCUGUGUAUACGGCUUGUGUGGAUGCUGCCAACAAAGGAUUUAAAGGAUUAUCAAUCAAAUGGUAAUGCUACAACGUUGUCCAGGAACUUAUCAGACAACCAUAAAGCACCCAAUAACAUCUCUACCAUCCCAGAUGCUCUGGCAUCAUCUACAGUCCAUAGAAGAACAAACAGGCCUCAGCUGACCACCUUAAAACCUCAAGGUUUUCGUAGUCCUGCGGAGCAAAGUUCAUCACGAAGACUGGAUACCUUGUCUCCGGCAGCUCAGAAUUAUUUCUCCACUUUCUUUCAACCCAGCAUACCACCCUUGGGACACUCGCGACCAUUCUAUCAAGCCACCGAAGAGCCUUUCUUUAGAAAAUUCCUACAACAACAACAUCAAAAACAUUUUCUUCCCCAAAGCAGACAGCAGACCUACCAGACCUACGAUGCCAGCAUUUUGGGAUCUGGUGAUUUUGGCAUCUUGCGCGGUGGUACCUUCUAUUCCGAGGAGGAUCAAUCAUAUCAUCAGGAGGCCAAUGGUGAAAUUUAUUACAGUGAGGCCAGCAAUUCGCAUAGUGGUCCAGCCACUGAGGGUUUUAUACAAAAAUACACUUAUCCCGAAGAACAAUUUGAACAUUUUCGUGAUUUUGCUGAUUUGAAUACACCUUCAGAGGCAGACUUUUCGCAAUAUGUGGUGGUAUAUGCAGCCAAGAAUGCGACGGAUUCAGAGGACAUAGUAAAAGGUCCCAAGAAUAUUUUUGAACAAUUACAGCAAAUUGAUGAGGAGAAAGCCGAAGAAGAGAGACAUCGAAAGAAGAGUCGCCAUUCAGAAUUCAGUAAAAAGAAACUGAAAUUGGUUAAAACCAAGAUAAUAAAAAAUAAAUGGAAUCCAAAGCGAGAGAAGAUAACAGAGGAAGAUCCUCUAUUGGCUCUAAGCUAAACUGAAGACGGUUUUUCCUAAAUGUCCUAAUUAACCAAAAACAAAUUCGCCAUAUAAUGUUUCAUCAAAUUUGACCAAUUUUAGGCGAUUUAGCUAUCUACCCUAAUUCUUGCCAUUAUUUGUGCAGCAGCAUUUGGAAAUGAAAAUAUUUCAAUUCUUGGUACAUUUUACAUAAAAUCGUGUUUUGUAAAUAAUUAAGCAAUCAUUCACCAGCACUAAUCAACUUAAUGUAUCGUAUCAUAAUCAUAUAGUUUCGAUUUAGAGGUAUACUAACUGUUACAGAAUAUCCAAACUUUGUACAUUUACAAAAUUUGUUAUGAAAAUUUUAAUAAAUGGUAGUGUAUAUGUAA